AUGACGGUGGUGAAUACUCCCAGCAAGGGAGGAAGCGAGACAGGCCAGUCCGAGUCUGGAUCGCCUUCCUACAAGGCUGGACAAUCCGCAACGGCGAAGCCCACGUCUGGAGAUCAAGCACUGGCUCAGGGUGCUCCGGCUGUGACCGGUGCAGAGGUCAAGGGGGAUACCAUUUGGGUGGACUUCCCAGCGGGAGAUCCAGAGGAUCCCUUCAACUUCUCACAGGCAAGGAAAUGGUUCAUCACCAUCCUUGCCGUCUUUUUUACAGCUGAAGUGGCUGCAACUGCCUCUGCAUAUGUCCCUGGUAUAUCGCAAAUGGAGACAGAUCUCAACGUUACCAAUCACGAGCUGGGCUUGCUAGGCAUCUCCAUCUACGCGCUAGGAUUCGGAAUCCCGCCACUUGCUCUAGCUCCCUUCUCGGAGGUGUUUGGAAGGAGAAACGUAUACAUUGCCUCGCAUCUUGCGUAUACCCUCUUUUUCCUCUGCUGUGGACUCGCACAGAAUAUGACGACGAUGCUCCUGGGACGCUUCUUUGGUGGGGCGUUCGGCAGUACUGGGUCAACUCUCGUAGGAGGUACGUUGGCUGAUAUUUGGAGGACGAACGAGCGGGGGUUCCCUAUGGCUCUAUUCGCAACCGCCGCUAUCUUUGGAACCGGUUUCGGCCCAGUCUGGGCAGGCUGGGUUGCUCAGCACGAGUCUCUAGGAUGGAGGUGGAUUCAGUACAUUCAAGCCAUCUUCACCAGCGGCGGCUUACUCCUCUUGGUUUUCUUCUUCCGCGAGACCAGAGGCUCCGUCAUCCUGACACGUCGUGCAGCGAGGCUGCGCAAGGAGACUGGUGAUGAGCGCUAUCGAGCUCGAGCUGAAGCGGAGCGAGCUUCAAUCCCUGUACUGAUCAAGGACUCGCUCACACGACCCCUCUGGCUGCUGGUCUCUGAGCCCAUCGUCAUUGCCUUCUCGCUCUGGAUCAGCUUCCUGUGGGGUGUGAUGUACUCACUGCUCGAAUCCCUAGGGCUGAUUGCCGAUCUGCACGGUUACACGCUAGGUCAAGAAGGUCUUCUCUUCCUAUCCAUUGUAGCCGCUGCUAUCCUUGGUCUCGCCACCAAUCCUAUCCAGGAUAGACUAUAUAACAAGAACUUCUCCAAGCGAGGACCAGAGGCGAGACUCUAUCUGGCCAUGAUCUCUGCCGUCACAUUUCCAAUUGGCGCUUUCAUCUAUGCUUGGACCAGCUAUCCAGACGUGUCAAUCGCUGGCACCAUCAUCGGCGUCAUCGUCUUCAUGUGGUCCGUUUUCAACGUCUACCUAGCAGUCUUCAACUACCUGGCCGACAGCUACCUCAUCUUUGCCUCUAGCGCACUCGCAGCUCAGUCCUUUGCCAGGAACAUGUUCGGACUGGCAUUUCCCCUCUUCACAGAGCAAAUGUAUCACAACUUGGGUUAUCAAUGGGCUUCUAGUCUGGCAGGGUUUUUAGGAGCAGCUCUGGGCGUGGUGCCCUUUGUGCUCUUUAUUUACGGAGAUCGGAUCCGUGCUAAGAGCAGGUUCUCGAUGCAAUUGCUGGAGUUGGAGAAGAAGAGGGAGGCAGAAGCAAAGCAGCAACAGGAGAAGGUGGACCUAGAGACGAGUUCGUGA